AUGGCUCUUCUCAUCACAAACCAAGGCCAAUCCCUCCGCUUGGCCUCAUUUCUCAUGCUCAUUUUUGCCUUCUGCUCCUCGAAAGCAUUUUGUAGUCGCGAACUUUAUGGCGGCAACAAAUCACAGUUGUCAGGCAUGAGGAGUGGAUGGCUCAACAUGGACGCGCUUUAUGAUGCACAAAAGGAGAUGCGCUACAACAUAUUCAAGAACAAUGUGGAAUUUAUACAAGCUUUUAACAAAAACAAGGACGGAAAAAAGUACACACUCAGUGUCAAUAAGUUUGCGGACAGAACUAACGAGGAAAUUCGGCCAAUGCGCAAUGGCUACAAGAGAAAGGAACGUUCAGGGAUCAUGUCCAACUCUUUGAUAGCAUCUCCUUUUCGAUAUGGAAAUGUCCCUAAUGUGCCAUCUUAUAUGGAUUGGAGAUGGUCUGGCGCUGUGACCUCGGUCAAAAACCAAGGAUAUGAAUGUGAACAAGAGCUAGUUGACUGUGACACGAGUGGUUACGAUCACGGUUGCAAUGGCGGUAAUUCAAAUGUUGCGUAUGACUACAUGAUCAAACGAAACAGGAGCCUUGCAACUGAAGAUAAUUACCCUUACCAGGCUAAAGAUGGAGGAAUUUGCAAAACUACCAGUGUUGUUCCUACAUCUGGUGCCAUAACCAUAACCGGCUACGAAAAUGCAUUGUUGAAGGCUGUUGCGAACCAGCCGGUUUCUGUUGCCAUUGAUAUCGACGCAGAGGAAUUCAAGUAUUAUUCUGGUGGCGUGUACACUGGAUCAUGUGGACUAUUUCUUCCUGAGAAGAUGGCUGUGUUCGUAACAAUGUCAAACCACCGCCGGUCGAUCUGCUUGGCCUUAUUGCUUGUGCUAAUUUUGGCCUUCCGGUCCGCCCAAGCAUCCUCCAGUAGUGUGGUUUCCGUCGAGGGUGACAAUAGCAAAAGCAUGUUGGAGAGGUUCGAAGGGUGGAUGGCGGAAUAUGGACGAGUUUAUAAGGAUGAACAAGAGAAGGAGAUGCGCUUCAAGAUAUUCAAAUCCACUGUGGAGUAUAUAGAAGCUUAA